GCAUGCAGAAUGUUCCUUCUGUACCCACCUUUUUUUUUUUUUUUUUUUAUAGUCUAUCUAUUGCCUUGUCGUAUUAUAUCUGACUUGACUUGUCCAACAUAUUGGGACACGCACAAAAAAAAAUGCACAUCGAAGGAGGGAAUCUCAAAAAGAGUCCACACGUAUAUGUCCCUCCACUGAAUAUCAAAUAGAGUGCUUUUGCACAAAGACUCCUCAUUCGUACGUUAUUGUCUACACCUUUUGGCUAACCAUUUUGUUCGUUCACUGUGCUGCCAUUCCCUUUUUUCUUUUUUUUGGUGAAGUUUUUCAAACCAUCUGAUAUCACUUGGGGACAAAAUGAAAGUUCCCUUUGUCGCAAUUUGGCCUUUUCUCUUUUUUCUCAUUUUGCAAAAAUGUUGCUCAUGCGAGAAGUUAGACUUGCUCCACAAGUUUUACUUCAAGGAUGCCCCUGGAAGAAACAAGGACAUGGCCCCCGGUGAGAAGGAGCUGUACCCAUUGAUACAAGACCUUGCGGCAGAUGACGAGUUAAGACCAAACGAAGUACAACUACCCCCUCACAGUUUGAGCGAACAGCUGGAAGUUGAGGCGGCUCUGCUGAAGAUACGGGACACCAAUUUCCACAAGUGCUCCAACAAGGGGGUGUUUUACUACCAAGUUUCAGUCGCGCUGGUCCCCGAAAUUGUUAUCAGCAAAAACAGCUCCUAUGAAAAAGCGGUAAAAAUUUUCUCUCAAAAAUUGUUACGAAAAUGGGGCAUAGGGAACAAGGAGUGUCACGACGGCAUUUUGCUGGUAUAUGUAAAACAGCUAGGCCGGUUUAUUAUUUCAAAGAGGGAAGGAGUUGAGGAAAAGUACUUCAACGAGAAGGAAGUGACAAAGCAGUUUAUGGUGACUUACUUUGCCACGGGUUCGGUUGGAAGGUCGUUAAUCGAGACGCUGAAUUUUAUUAACACAAAGUUGCCUUCGAAGCCACAAGAGCUGACCAACACAGGGAAAACUUUUUUGUUGCUGAUUUUUUUGUACGUUGUGUCUGUCGUUGUAAUAUACAUAGCUACUGCUACAUAUGGAAAAAGUGAUCGAUGA